AUGGAGGACGCCGAGGUCAUCGAGGAUUGGGACGUCGAGGCCUGUCAAGCAUGGCAGACGAUGGAUGCCGAGGAGGAGAAUGCUGACCGGUUGUCGGAGACCUCAGUGGCCUCCUCAGCUCGAAGGUAUCGCCGUACGCGGAGUCCAAGCUUCCAAGGCCGUCGAGCGACCCCGGCACGGACGGCUCCGUCGCGUACUCUUGCAUCGACUUCUGGCGAAGGCUCGCUGGUACAGCGAGUGCGCAAGGUGGCGCUUCAUUUGCAAGACGUCUCCGGCCGACGAGGAGGUUCUCGACCACCACUCGCUGAGAGAUUCCGGCAUGCGAGAGAACGAGGUGGUCCUUUGGCAGGUUCUCGACCAUCGCUGGCCGAGAGCGUCCGGAACGCGGGAAAGCGGAGCAGUCCAGGUUCUCGACCGUCGCUCGCGGAGAGCGUUCGGAACGUGGGAAAGCUGAACCGGCCAGGUGCUCGACCAGUGCUCGCCGAGAGAGUCCGGAAUGCAGGAAAGCAGGUCAAUCCAGUCGGAUCCGCACCAGCCCGGCAGACGUCACCUGAGUGGUCCAAGCGGCAGCCCUCCAACGGUAGAGAACCGGCAAGAGGUCCUCGUGUCGUUCUACUGCCGAAGGCCAAAGUGAAGCCGGGAAGGCUGGCGGUGCCGUCGGGGAAGGAAGGCGCGGAAGCCUCUCAGAAGAAGGCCAUCUCCGAAGCGAUUUUAAGGGCUUCGGAGGCCUUGCGAAAGCUGGCGGAAAUCGAGACAGGGUCCAAGAGAGCUUCCUGCGCUGCAUCGCGAUCGCGGUCGAGGCAUGCACGGCCAGUAAGGCUCCGAAGCCGCAAUGAAUGCCGCUGA